CGCAAUGUGGAGCAGGGCUGGCAGAAUCUGGCGCAGACGGCCGAGAAGCAGAGCGAUGCUGAAACGACCGCCUUCGCCAAGAAGGACUUUGACACUGGGAAGGCUCUGAUUGUGCCCCAGGCAACGCAGAUCUACAAAUGCUUCGCUCAGGCCUCAUCCCCAUUCGACUACGACGCAACAGAGAUGAAGGAGGCGGCUGAGGAACAGGAGGAGCGGGCGAGACGUCUGAUGAACAUGGAGUGUGAUUGCAAUUAA